AUGACUUCCACUCCAGCGCACAGUGUUCCUUAUCUCGCUGCUGUCCAGCUUGCGGACCGUGCCAUUCAGCUGCAAGCGGAGCAUCAGAGAGCGGAGGCCGCCUGGGCAACAGAGAAGUCGGACUUCCUGAACGACAGAGAUCGUGCCGAGGCCGCCUGGGAAAUGGAGAGAUCAGAUUUUCUUAACGAGAGGACACGUCUGCUGUGCGAGAAAGUCGAUCUCGGGAUCGACAAAGCAGUACUCUAUACUGCUAACGAGAAGCUCAAGAAGGAGAAAGCAGACCUCCGAGCUAUCGUUGAGAAGCUGCGAGCAGAGAAUAUAUACUUACGCACCAAAGAACCUCUCUGCAAAGAGCCGCUGCACAUUUCAGCCGCGCACAGAGUUUUUGCGGUUCCCGAGCUGCUAGAGCAGAUUUUGUUGCAGGUGCCGCAUCCAUUACAAGAGGAGAACCACUACUGUGCGCCGGACGACCUCUGGUAUUUCUUGGAAAGACCGGUGCCACAGCUUUUCGAAAUGCAACGCGUCAAUCAUCAAUUUGCGGCCACGAUCCAAGGUUCAUCCGCAGUACAGAGGCGCGUGGGUCUAAUCGAGGUUUUGAACGGCCGUGAUGCUGAAUACUCCUAUGAUGCUUAUCUUGAACAUCCCAGCUACCAAGCUGAUCGCUCUGGUCUCAGACUCAAAUCGGCUGCUACAGAUCCUUUCCAGAAGCUCGACAGCGGACUGCCCAGUCUUGAGACAUGGCCUCAUGAUCGUCUCAGCUUGCUCGGCUCUUGGACUCGCACCAAGGUCAAUCUGAAGGUAACUGCAGCGCCGAAGGUGUUGUGGGAUACUUGCUUCUUUGACGGGCGAUGGGACAUCACCCGUAGGUACGAGUUUUGGACAGAGCGAAAGACCACAUGGGCAGAAGUUGUUCAGUGGAUGGUAUCGAUCAGAAAGGACUAUUUCGAGCGAUGGAUGGCCCUGCAAGCACUUUCAGAGAUAUCGCCUGACCUGUUCGCGUGA